AUGGACGCCGUAGGCCUCUGCUGCUGCAGCUGCAAGCAGCAGCAGCAGCAGCAGCAGCAGCAGCAGCGCCGGCAGUUGCUGCCACGAGCAGCAGCAGCAGCAAAACCUGCUGCAGCAACAGCUCUCGAAUGGCGACUGCUGCGCGCCCUUUUCCUUUUCACAGCUCAUCAUUUUAGCUGCAGUUUUUCAAACGAAACAGUAAACAGCCAAAUGAGGGCAGCAGCAACAGCAACAGCAGCAGCAGCAACAGCAGCAGCAGCAGCAGCAACAGCAGCAGCAACAGCACAACAAUCCCGAAAUACAGCAGCAGCAGCAGCGGCAGUAGCAGCAGCAGCGGCAGCGGGAGCUGUAGCAGCAGCAGCCUCGGCGAGAGCAGCAGCAGCAGCAGCGGCGGAAGCAGCAGCAGCAGCAACAGCGGGAGCAGCAGCAGCAGCGCCUCCGGCAGACAAGCUGCCGCAGCAGCGUAGAAUCGCUAGUGCUUCAGCAGCGCUCUCAGCAGCAGCACCGGCAGGGGCAACUGCAGCAGAGGCAGCAGCAGCAGCAGCAGCAGCAGCAACAGCAGCAGCAGCAGCAGCAACAGCAGCAGCAGCAGCAGCAGCAGCGCCGACGAUGAGUGAAUAUCUGGAUUUCUUUCGGGCGGAAGUUUUGGGGCGGAAUGGAGUCGGUGGGGCCUCGACGAAGCAGCAGGUGAGGCAAAAUAGGCAGCGACAGCAGCAGCAGCAGCAGCAGCAGCAGCAGCAGCAACAGCAGCAGCAGCAGCAGCAGCAGCGGGAUGAAAGUACAGAGAGAGAACCAGAGACCUCAGAAGACACACAAAGAUGGGCAGUGGAGGCCCUGGGCCGCGUGGGACUGCUGUGCGAAGUGCUGGGCUCCAGCAGCACGCGGCUGCUGCUGCUGCCGCUGCUGGCGGAGCUGCAGCAGCAAGUUGGCUGCUGCGACGAGCUGCUGUCGCUCUUUGCUGUGCAGUGGAGAGCAGCAGCAGACACAGCAGCAGCAGAUGCAGCAGCAACUGAACAAGAGCUCAGGGAUUCCCUUUGCUGCUGCGCCGACGCCCUCGCCCAGCUCGCAGCAGCAGAAGAGAAAUGCGUCCGAAACGAGGCGGUGACUUCACUUUUGUCUUUGUUGGAUUUGCUGAGGACUCCGUCUCGAGAAAUAUUAGCGAGAGAAAAGUUGCUGCCGCUUGCUGUGUCUUUAGCAGCAAACGAGAGCUGCCUGUUUGGCCGCUGCGCUGCAGCGCGGCUGCUGCCGCGGCUGCUGCGCUUUGCUGCUGCUGCUGCUGCUGCUGCUGCUGCAGCGCCGCAGCCCGCGGAUGGGCCGCUGGUCAAGCGGGAGGUGCAGCACGAGGGGCCGGCAGCAGCGGACAGCGCGCCCUCGCCGGCUGCUGCUGCUGCUUCUGCUGCUCCUGCUGCAGCAGCCGCUGCUGCCCCUGCUGCUGCUGCUGCUCCUGCUGCUGCUGCUGCUGCAACUGAAGACCCAGCCGGGCCCACCACAGCCAAACAAAUUCUGCUGCUGUUCGAGGGCCUCUGUGCUGACGAGUCUUUGUUGGUUCGCCGCGAGGCGCUGCAGCAGCUGCCAGCUCUUGUGCACGGCGCGCGGGAAGCAGCAGCAGCAGCAGAAGAAGCAGCAGCAGCAGAAGCAGCAGCAGCAGCUGCGGCGCCUUCCGCCGCGGCGUCAGCUUCUGCCUCGGAUUCUGCUGCAGCUGCUGCUGCUGCUGCUGCUGCUGCUGACGAGGUGGCAACGGCCGCGCUUCGCAUCCUUCGAGAGGCCUUGGGAGAGACUUCUGACUACGUGCGAGCUGCUGCAGCAGAGGCGGCGCUGUCUUUGGCAGCAGCUUGGCCUUCGCUGUUUGGGGCCUCAGGGUCCCCAGGUUCCGUCGCCAGCAGCAGCAGCAGCAGCAGCAGCAGCAGCGGCAGCAGCAGUGCGGCCGGCGGGUUGCCGCGGCCGCAGCAGCGCAGCAGCAGCCCGCGGGGGCCCCCAGCAGGCGCAGCAGAAGCAGCAGGGGGCCCCCAGCAGCAGGCAGAGCUGCUGCAGCUGGUGAGAGCAGCAGCAGGAGACCCCUCGUGGCGGGUGCGGGCUGUUGCUGCGCAGCAGCUUGCUGCAGUGGUGGCUAGCUGCCCCUGCUGCUUCCGGGAGCUGCAUGCAUCUUUUUGUUUGCUGCUGUCAGAUCCUGCUGCAGUUGAUGUGCGGCUGCCUGCUGUGGGGGCCCUCAGCAGCAUUGCUGCAGCACUUCCUGCUGAGGAAGUGGACUUGCUGCUGGGGCCCCUGGUGGCGCAGCUGCUGCCUGCUGCUGCGGGGGGGCCCCACAAGCAGCAGCAGCAGCAGCAGCAGCAGCAGCAGCAGCAGCAGCAGCAGGCCCCCGGGCUCUCCCUCCUCGACCCUGCUGCAGCAACUGGCUCGGCCCCCUUCGCUCAAGCUGCUGCUGUUGAUGCUGCUGUUAGUGCUGCUCUCACAGUUAUGCAGCGAGCUUCCCCACAAGCAGCAAAUGCCAUUCUCAAGGAAGUGCUGCUCACGCUGCAGCAGGGAGACAACGCCGUCGCUCUCAGGUCAGCAGCAGCAGCAGCAGCAGCAGCAGCAGCAGCUGCAGCAGCAGCAGCAGCUGCAGCAGCAGCAGCAGCUGCAGCAGCAGCAGCAGCAGCUGCAGCAGCAGCAGCAGCAGCAGCUGCAGCAGCAGCUGCAGCAGCAGCUGCUGCUGCUGCAGCACAGGGGCGACGCAAGCAGCCGCGCUUCGCAGACGGGGCAGGCGCUUUGGGGGCAGCAGCAGAUCUUUUGCUUCGAGUCGUUGCGAAGCGUCUGCAGGACUUCUGCCGGCUGUGCCACCGGCGUGACCGAGCGCUCAGCAGCAGCAGCAGCUGCUGCAGCAGCGGCAGCAGCGGCGGCAGCAGCCGGAGCAGCAACAGCAGCAGCAGCGUGAGCAGCGGCAACAGCAGGAGCGGCAGCAGCAGCAGCAGCAGCGCCCCCUCUCCUGAAGCCACGCAGCUAGUUGAGGCCCUCUGCAGAUUCUGGAAGCAAGGGGACCAAACUGGGGACUGGCGGCUGCGGCUGGCCCUGGUGGAGCAGAUGCCUGCAGCAGCUGAGGCCCUGGGCCCCGAAGUGUUUCUAAUGUCCUUUUCAAAACUUUUUCUGGAUUCGUUUUUCGACAGAAUUCACCAAGUGCGCCAGGCUGCCAUUUGCGCAUGCAAGGACUUGAUAGGGGUGUUGGGCCCCCGGUGGGCCGUGGACUCGCUGCUGCCGCGGCUGGCCAUUUGCUUCAGCAAGGCGGGGGCCCCCAGGGGCCCCCGGGCCUCCUUUGACGCUGUGGGGGGAGAGACUGCAGCGCCGCUUGCUACUUCUUACCUGCAGCGAAUUGUAGUGCAGCACGCCCUCCCAAAACUCGCAGGAGCCCUUCCCCCCGAGUUGGCUGUGGGGCGCGUCGCCCCGCUGCUUAUUGAGGGAUUGCAGGACCCAGUCCCCAACGUGAGGCUGACUGCUGCUGAGAUGCUGCGCAUCAUAGCCAAGGAGAAGACGCUGCCUGCUGCGGCCCUCGCAGGGCCUUUGGAGAUUCUGUCGGCAGAUGAAGAUGUGGAUGUUCGCUUUUCUGCGGAGUUGGCGCUGGAAGCCUGCAGGGCUUCUUCAGCUGCUGUUGCUGCUUCUCGGGGGGCCCUUGACCCAGUCCCCAACGUGAGGCUGACUGCUGCUGAGAUGCUGCGCAUCAUAGCCAAGGAGAAGACGCUGCCUGCUGCGGCCCUCGCAGGGCCUUUGGAGAUUCUGUCGGCAGAUGAAGAUGUGGAUGUUCGCUUUUCUGCGGAGUUGGCGCUGGAAGCCUGCAGGGCUUCUUCAGCUGCUGUUGCUGCUUCUCGGGGGGCCCUUGUGUAG